AUGGAUCGGAGAAGAACUGAGAGUCCGGUGUACUCUAGGCAGUGGAGUGGAGGUUCGAGCAGCACAGGCUCAUCGUCUCCGGCGAGGUCGCCGGCUCAUCCUCACUCGCGGUUACCGCCGUCGAGCGGGUUCUCUACAAUCAAGAGGACUCAAAACGUAGCCGCUAAAGCAGCUGCGCAGCGUUUGGCACUGGUUAUGGCGUCACAGACGACCGACGAUGACGAAGAAGAUGAUGAUCCAGGGUUUCGGUUCCCGGCUCCGCCACCUUCUUCGUUUUCUAGAAACGUGAAUAGCAAUGCUAAGAAUGGUUUGCCUGCUGUUUCGCUUGCUAGACCUAACAGAUCUCCGUCACCUGCGUUAGGUCGGAAUUUUAUGGAUCACACUCCUUCAGUUCGUUCCACAUCAGCUGGAAGACCAUCGACAAUGUCUGUUCGCUCAACGCCAGUAGUGCCACCUAGUAGUAAACCAUCAUUGAGAACUGUGGUUUCCAUAGAUUCUCCUAGUAGCAGACUCAGAGAAAAGAGGUUUACAGUAGAUAUGGGACAUUUUGACUUGAAAGAUACAGGAAAUCAGCAUGAGGCUUCUGCACUUCGUGAUGAGCUUGAUAUGCUACAAGAAGAGAACGAGAAUAUCUUAGACAAGCUUCGUCGUGCAGAAGAAAAACGUGAAGAAGCAGAAGCCAGGGCCAAUGAGCUAGAGAAACAGGUUGCUUCUCUUGGAGAAGGUGUAUCCCUGGAAGCUAAAUUGUUGAGCAGGAAGGAAGCAGCAUUGCGUCAAAGAGAGGCUGCUCUUAAAGCUGCAACGCAAACGAAGGAUGGGAGAAGAGAUGAGGAGGUUGCUGCCCUUCAUGCAGAAGCUGAGAAUUUAAAAGAUGAGACUGCAAAUGCCAUAGAACAGCUUCGGGAAGCUGAAUCUGAAGCAAAGGCGCUCCGUACCAUGACCCAGAGAAUGAUUUUGACUCAUGAAGAGAUGGAGGAGGUUGUUCUGAAGAGGUGUUGGCUUGCUCGCUACUGGGCCUUAGCUGUGCAACAUGGAAUCUGUGCGGACAUAGCAGUCUCAAAACAGAAGCAUUGGUCAUCUUUAGCACCUCUUCCGUUUGAAAUUGUCAUUUCUGCUGGGCAAAAGGUCAAGGAGGAGUCUUGGAAUGGUGGCAAUGAUUCAGAUAAAAGGGGCAAACUUGUUCGCGAUUUGAAUGAUUUAACUGGGGAAGGAAACAUUGAGAGCAUGCUUUCAGUUGAAAUGGGGUUAAAGGAAUUGGCUUCCUUGAAGAUUGAGGAUGCUGUUGCAAUCGCACUGGCACGACACCGACGGAUGAAUUUAAUUCGGCAAUCCUUUUCUGAUUCCAAAUCAUCGGGUGAUCCCAAGUUUAUGGAGGCAUUUGAAUUAAGUCAAGAAGAGUCAGAAGAUGUUCUUUUCAAGGAGGCUUGGCUAACAUAUUUUUGGAGAAGAGCCAAAGUAUAUGGUGUAGAAGAGGAUAUUGCCGAAGAAAGGCUUCAAUUUUGGAUAAGCCGUAGUGGGCAGUCACCAACAUCACAUGAUGCUGUCAAUGCUGAACGAGGUUUGACGGAGCUAAGGAAGUUGGGUAUAGAGCAGCAACUGUGGGAAGCAUCGCGCAAGGAAAUUGACCAGCCCUCUUCAUCUCCCGUUGCUAGUCAGAAACUCGCUGCAGAAUCAGAGACGACUUCGUGA